AUGACCAAGAUACGCCUCCAAGUAUUGAAUAGAGACUAUCCAGCCACUACAGGCUGCCGAAACUCUUUCAAAUUCUGCCAAACAUUCUCAUUGGCAGUUCAGUAUAAUUACUAUGCCUACCUAGUCGGGAAAGCUGCAUCGGGAGGAAGCAUCUGCCAGGCGGGUCCAAACAAUAAACGAAUACCAAGUUGUCUACCACGUUUGUUGUCUACUCGAUUUGUCACUGUUCCUUUGCAGAAUCUGGAAGAUCGCAGAUCUGUGUUUGUUCCGCUUCUAGAGCUGGUGAACCUCCAAGCCUGGCAUUAUACGUGGGGUAGAGUAAGAAAAAUACGAGAGACGUUCAUGUCUGUCGUUAUUUGUGGUGUUUGA